GGUUUCAGCCGAGAUCUGUAGAAGUGUGUUUUCACCCUUAACCGCUGGGGGCAGUGUGGAGCGCUGAUGAGUUUAAACCGUCAAACAGAACCCAGAAGAAGACCUGGCGUCUCACCAUGGCGGAAACAGGGCAGCAGCCAGGAUCGUCUCCUGAAGACGAUGCGUCUGAGGCCACGGCUGGAGCCGUCUACAUGAUCCCUAAAAAGGAAAUCAGCAUGGUGCCAGACAUGGGAAAGUGGAAACGAUCUCAAGCGUACGCCGACUACAUGGGCUUCAUUCUGACUCUGAAUGAAAGUGUGAAGGGAAAGAAGUUCACCUGUGAAUACAAAGUUUCUGAGACUGUAGAGAAACUGCUUGAUCUCUUGGCCACUCUGGAUCAGUGGAUCAAUGAGACUCCUCCAGUGGACCAGCCGUCACGCUUCGGUAACAAGGCCUUCAGAACCUGGUUCUCCAAACUGGAUCAGGAAGCAGAGGUCCUGCUGUCAGCUGUCCUCCCUGCAGACAAAGGAGCUGCAGCCUCAGAGAUCGCCGUCUACCUGAAAGAGUCUGUGGGUAAUCCUACCAGGAUUGACUAUGGAACAGGCCAUGAAGCAGCCUUUGCAGCGUUCCUCUGCUGUCUCUGUAAAGUGGGGGCUCUCACAGCAGAUGAUCAGCUGGCUAUCGUCUUUAGGGUUUUUGACAGGUAUCUAUCAGUGAUGCGGAAGCUACAGAAGACCUACAGGAUGGAGCCAGCUGGCAGCCAGGGGGUUUGGGGUCUGGAUGAUUUCCAGUUUCUCCCCUUCAUCUGGGGCAGCUCUCAGUUUAUAGAUCACCCGACCCUGGAGCCUCGCCACUUCAUUAACGAGAGGGUGGUGAAUGAGCAUCACCAGGAAUACAUGUUUCUGGAGUGUAUCAAGUUCAUAAAUGAGAUGAAAACGGGUCCAUUUGCUGAACACUCCAACCAGCUGUGGAACAUCAGUGCUGUCCCUACCUGGUCCAAAGUCAACCAGGGCUUGAUCAAAAUGUACAAAGCAGAGUGUUUGGAGAAGUUUCCUGUCAUCCAGCACUUCAAAUUCGGUAGCCUGCUGUCCAUCCAACCAGUGAAGCCUUGAUGUCAUGCAGAUGGAGGAAAACGACCAAAAUACCAACAGCUCCCCUUUUAGCAGGAUCCUCGCCGUCAGAGCAGUCACAAAGCAGACCCCGUCUCCACAAGCGCAUUCAUGCAGUAGUCAAAGUUAGCCUCUAGAAGAUGACCUCAGAAUAUUGGUUAUUUUUGCAUAUUUGAGUAUUAUUUAUGCUAAGAGUUUGACUUAAAGCUAAAGUACUUUUUUCCUUUCUUUAAUUAUGGAGGUGUUUAGUUUCUUUUCAUGUUAGUUUUUUUUGAUGAUUUCACUCAGAUUCUUUCAACAAAGUUAGAUUUGUUGCAGAAGUAUUGUCCAUCUGUAAAAAGGUUUUGUACCUGUCAAAAAAUAGUCUGUCUAUGAAAACGUUUCAUUCUUGUAUUCAGAAUUUCUGCAUCAGUAAAACUGUUUGGUAACUGUAGAAAUAGCAAAACCCAAGUUUCAGGUACAAUUCUUUUAUUUGUCAAUGACUCAAUCAGCAGCUUUACACUGUCACCCAAUCAGAUGCAUGAUCUCGAUGCUAGAAAGUUUAUUUCUGUCUACACAGAGACGAGACAAAAUGGGGAAAAACUUCUUCAGAAUUUCCUGACCCAAAAAUGAUCAACACUUUCUCUGUUGUUGUUGGAGUAAUGAAAUAAUGAGUAAUCACUUACCAAACGUUCUGCCUUUCAUCUGAUGUAGAACAAAAACUGUUUUUUUUUUUUUUAAUCUAGCAUGGAUAUCAUGCAUCUGAUUGGCUGGACCAAGCAGUGCAGUGAUUGGAUGACAGUAAAAGGCUUCUGAUUGGUUAAUUCAUUGAGAAACAAAAGAAUUGUCCUUGUAACUUGGGUUUUGUCAUUGUACAUCAAAGUUUAGGACAGACAAAUGUGUCUACAGUUACACAACAGUUUUACAGAUGCACACAUUUCUUAUUAAAAGUUCAAAAUGUUUUUAUUGACGCACCAUUUUUGCUAUGGAUACAAAAUCCUUUUACAGACGAAUAAUUUAUUUUCUAGAGAGACAAACAUUUUUCCUGACACACAAAUCAAUUAUUACAAGUACAAACCUUUUACAGAGAUCAGUACUUUAGCAACAAAACUAACUUCAGAUUUUUCAAGCAGCUCAUCUGUUACCGCAGUAAAACUGACACCUUUUGGAAGUGGCUCACUCACUAAAGUUUACUGUGGUCCAUGCAGAUACAAUUGGUCAAUUGUUUGCUGAGGAAUGAUCGUAAACUUUGAUAUUUUGCAAGUUAUUCAAAUAAAAGCUUUAGAUUUA